AUGGCAGAGCCCCGCGGCCGGAGCCCCCCAGGCUGCGGGAGGAGGGGAGCGCAGCCGGGCGGAGCGGGGGCAGCGCCGGGGAGGGGCCGCAGCCCCCGGCCUUUGUGGCCGGAGGGGGAACAUCGGGACCCUGCGGAGAGGGAACACAGAAACCCUCCCGGCGGCGAGAAAUGGGCCCGGACAAAAGCCCGUUACGCGGUUGCAAAUCACCCCGCUGCUGUUAUUUUAUUUACCGCUGCCCGCGGGAGGAUUGUUUGCUCCCGCAAAAUUUUAAGCUUCCCCCCCACCACCGCCUCCCCUCUUCCUUCCUUUGCCCCUCGCUGCUGCCAGCAGCGGUCCCUGGUCCCACAGUGCCGCCUCCUGGACCUGGGCUCCUGGUUCUCUCUCUGCAGAGCACACUUUAGCUUUGGAUGUACCUUUAAAGACUUUAAACAGCUUGAGACCUGUAGCUUACUGCAGGAGCUUAGAAGAAAUUCCUGUUUCUGGGUUUUAAAACCUGAGCUGGAGUACAAGAGCCCUUCUCAGAAAGGAGAAAGACAACUUUUCUCUUAUGAGACCUCUCUUGCCACUUGCUUCCUGAUUUAUUAUUUCUUGGAUGCUACUUUCACCGCAGGAAAAAGAGGUGUCCUUGAGAGCCAAACUGACCCUGGGCAACUCAGUGACAGGAUGUUCCAGAGCAUAUCCGAAACAAUUUUCUCAGCACACCUGUUGAGGGGAGAAACAAGGCUCCUUCAACCAUCAAUCUGUGGGACCUCAGAGCUCAGCCUGAAAGCAAAGGCGAAACGAAAUACGAAAAUUGCAGUGCAGCAGAAGAGGAGUCAGCUAUCUGUGGGCCUCUGCUGAAAUCCCAUCUUUCGGAGCUGAAACUCCGCCUGACUUUAAUGAAGAUUUACAGGAUAGCUCUGGGGAUUCAUCAUGAUGCUUCUGCCUCUGCCAUGC